AUGGUUGUUGGCGGCUGCUUUUGCGGAAAGAUCCGAGUCCAAUACAAUGGCCAGCCUAUCACUUCGGGCCUAUGCCACUGUUCCGAUUGUCGUAAACUUUCUGGGACUCUCUACACCUACAAUUUUGUCGUCAAGAGUGCAGACCUAAAAAUCACUGGGAGCCCGAAGGAAGUUGCAAAAACAUCGGACAGUGGAAACCAUAUCAAGAACUAUUUCUGUUCAGAUUGUGGCACACCGCUCUAUGGGCUAAGAAUGAAGUCCUCCGGAGUUCCUGACGAGAUAACAAUCGUCCGGGCAGGAAUCUUUGAUGACAUUGGAGUCCUGAAUCAAUACAAGCCUGAGGCAGAGAUAUACAUUAACGGGCGCGUAAGGUGGAUCGAUUCUGUCGAAGGGGCUGAUCAGUUCAUCGGCAUGCCCCCGCUACCAUAA